AUGGCUACCGUGAGUCGUUUUCUGCCGACAGCUAAUGAAUUUUACGCAGAAUUGCAAAAAUGUGUUGAUCUAUGUGAAGUUCGACGCCAUAAAAGAUUUUUAGCAGUAUUGUUACUACAACGUAUGGCAAGAGGUUAUCUAAUAAGAAAACACAUAGCGUGGCUAUCAAAGAAUGCUACUAUAAUACAAUGCGCUUUUAGAAUAUAUAGGGCUCGCAAAAUAUAUAGAGCAGCACUGAGACGAGCAGUUCGGAAUAAGCAUGCCAAAUAUUAUGCUCGAGCAGCUACAAUUAUUCAGGCUCUCUAUCGUGGAUAUUAUUCAAGACGGACGAAGUUUUGUUACCGUUCGUAUCGUCGUUGGUUAGCAACUGUCACGGAACGUGGUGAAAGGAGAGCUGCCGAAGCGAUGGAAUUCGGGGUUCGAAGCAGAGCUGAUGAUUUGAGAAUCUUGGAAGAAGAAGCGCGAAAGUGGCUGGCUUUUAUCGUAUUUAAAUUGCACCACCUAUUAAGAACUUAUGUUUGUGCGGGUGUAUAUUCUCAAUCGGAAACAACAGAACUUUCUGAAUUUGAAAAACUGUUAAAAUCGAUCCAUUACAAGGAAUAUAUGAAGAGAUUAAAACGCAAAUAUGAUGAAUUUGUUAGAAAGCACCGACCCAGAUUUUCAAACAAAAGAUUAUUCCCAGUAAUUGGAGAUGGUGCUGAUUAUUGGUAUUUAUCAUUAGCCGAAAUGUACGAAUUGACAACGCCUGAAGCCAAACGUUUAGAUACUAGGCACCUGACACUUCAUCAUGGUCCGCAGCAUAAGCGUCCUUUUUUGUGGAAGAGGUUGCGUCCACCGAGUCCUGAUAAAGGUAGGGGUCCUUUUACUCCACCGCGUUCACCUUCAAUUAGAAGUCCAUCACUACCAGCACCCACUCCUGCACCUGGCGGUGACACUUACCUCCAAAAAGAUCCAAGAUUUCAUCUAUACGUAAAACAUUACACCCCCCAACCGGCCCUUUUCGACUACGUUGACUUUCAUAUAAACGUACUGCUCACUCGAAAAUGUUCUAUAGAGAAUAUAAAUAAAGAAGCCUAA